CUUUCAUUUCAUCUCCCCCUCGUCUCAUCCUCCCUAGACUGUCCUUGGAGUCAUAGAUCACUAGUUACCACCAUUGUCCCCAACAGUCUGCACUUACGACGAUGUCUGGCUCCGAGGUUGACUCCGACGAUUCCCAAGGCAUCCACCUGCUCGUGCUCAUCCAUGGCAUGUGGGGCAACCCAUCUCAUCUCGCGGAGAUGCGCCGGAUCAUGGAGGAGAAACGUGGACAGCUAGACUCCGAGAGGGGACCGCAGGGCGAGCGACUUCAGAUCCUUUUGGCUGAGACGAACCGGGACGAUGGGACAUACGACGGCAUCGACUGGGGAGGAGAGCGGGUUGCUGAGGAGAUCUUCGAGGAGGUCAAGAAGCUCGAGAAAGAUGAGAAGAAGGUUACGAGGUUUUCUGUGACUGGAUACAGCCUCGGCGGGCUCAUUGCAAGAUACGUCGUUGGUAUCCUGCACCAGCGAGGAUUCUUUGAGAACGUUACGCCUGUUAACUUCAAUACCCUUGCCACUCCUCAUAUUGGCCUCCCCCGAUACCGCACGUUCGUCUCGGGCGUGUUUGCCUUUUUGGGGCCAAAGCUCUUGUCAAGGACGGGAGAGCAAUUCUACGUUGUGGACAAGUGGUCGAAGAACGGACGACCGCUCCUCGAGGUCAUGGCCGAUCCGAAUCGCAUAUUCUACCAAGCCUUGACGCGGUUUGAGCAAGUCCGCUUCUAUGCAAACGCAGUGAACGAUGUCACUGUGCCUUAUGUCACCGCCGCGAUAGAAUUAGAAGAUCCCUUCCUGGAGCACGCCUUUAACGGAAUCAAAAUAGAAUUUGACGAAAAAUAUUCCCCUAUACUCAGGUCUUAUACCCCAUCUACCGUAGUUGAACCGCGCCCCAAGCCGCGUGUAUUCACCCCACAAUGGUUCAAGAGUCUGAAGCCAGAACGUCCUCUCUUACCUCCCGCGCUUCAGUUUGCCUUCCCCUUCAACAUUCUCCUGAUUCUCAGCACGCCUAUCCUCAUUCCUCUGGUGCUCUCGCUGGUCAUCACUCGCUUUGCGCUCGCUUCGCGUGCGUCCCGCGCGCGGAUCAAGCUCCUCGAGAAGGACUCGGAACAAUCGAACACGGAGCGCCUGGUGCACGUCAUCGGACGCCUCGAGCGCGAGAUGGAAGCCGUCGCCGUCGACAUGCUCGACGCACCCGGCAGCUCAUACGACGUGGAAUCCUCCCAGCCGCCGCUCUCCACCGCCACCCCCGCGGCGCUCGCAGACGCGGAGGCCGACUUGGACGCGGCGGCGAGAACGCAGGCCGAGCAGAAGCAAGACUUGGUGUUGGCAGACGUCCAGAAGAAGAUCGUGGGGUGGCUGAACACGCUGCCAGGCCUGAAGAAGGAGCUGGCAUUCAUCCAUCCGGUGCGGAACUCGCAUGCGGUAAUUAUCUCGAGGGAUGUGAAGCGGUUCCCGGGCCACAAGCAGGGUGAGGGCGUUCUUCGCCAUUGGGCGGAUCAUUUCAUUAUCUAGGGACUUUUGGACUAAGGUUUGUUGAUACCCCCUUCGUUGCUUAUCCGGACAAUCGGCCCUUGGUGAAGCAUUCACUAUGGAUAUACACCAUUGUAGUGUAAUGCUAAUUACAUCGCUUUUCGCUGCC